AGUGGCAGUCAGUGGGUACAUCUCAAGCAUUGCAGUCGCCACCAAACCGCCCAAGCAGGCAUUCAUUUCGAUACGGACUCAAUCAGAGCGCCUUAAUCUUGGCCAAAUACAGAGCACACUCCUUGGACUCCAUUGGCCACUCUACCGUGUUUUUUUGUGUGUUUUUUUGUUAUUGUUGUUUCUGUUUGCGUGUCUGCUGAAGAUUGGCGUGAAAGUGGUUCAUUGCCCGGCGCCGCAGUGCAAUUGAAUCUGAAAUAAUUAAGGAUACUCCAGCUGCAGGCCCCAAUUAGCCAUAGAUCACAGAGUCUGAGCCAUCAUUAAAAAAUGUUUCUCACAAAGAGUUCAAGUGCGAGGCACUCACUGCUGGUGCUGUUGCUGGCCCUCUGCUGCCUGAGCAGCGCUUUUAGCGCCAAGAUAACAAAAAAGGUCGAGAAACCCUCGACUAGUGGAGAAAAAGCCGAGCCAUCUGCCGCCGAGGAGGCUGCCCCACCAGUCGGCGAGGAGGAGGAAGCCGAUGAAGAGGAAACCGACAUCGACGAGGAUGAUGAUGAUGACGAGGAGGAGGAGGAGCAGGAGGCAGACAAACAGGCAGCAGCGGCUGUUGCCGCCACAACCGGUGGCAACAAGAACCCCACCGCCGUUCAGGCGGCCACAGACCCCACCGAUCUCAGUGUCUGGGGCAUGGUGCGCACACUCUGGACCUGGCUGCGCAGCGAUCUGGGUGAAAGCCUCUUCGGCGACGACGACGAAGAGAAGCCAUCCGCCGGCGCCGGCACCGAAACCUCAGCUGUGGAGGGUCGUACCUUUGGCAAGAUCCGUCGCCUGCAGAUGGCCCUGAUACCGAUCAUCUUCAAGUUCGGCGUACUGUCGGCCAUGGUGGCCUUUCUGGUGGCCAUCGGAAUGAAGUCGCUGUUCCUGCUGAAGGUUUUGGUGCUGAUGAAUGCCGUGGCCAUUUUGGGCAAGUUCAUAACGCUGAAAUCGACCCUCUUUGGGCAGUACGAGCACACGGCGCCCACGUUCAACUAUCCCGGCUGGAAUCCCCAUGCCAAGGAGUCCUGGGGAGCCACUGGUCUGAGCGGACCCGGUGGACCCAACGGCCAUCCGCCCAGCAAGGAGAUUCAUCUGCACAUCCACGGCAAUGCCCAGACCCAGGCCCAGCUCGCCGGCCAGGGCUACAACUAUGAGACGCAGGGGGGCUGGGCCAGUCGCUCGGAUCCCUAUGGCGGCUACGCCCCGACGGGACAGUUCGGGGAGAGCCAGCAGCCGGCUGUGGCGACUGCCGACGCGGUGCCCAAGGACUCCGAUCCCAUGGCCCUGCUGCCGACCAAGUACCGGGCGAGACAUCUGAUCCGCUGAUAGAGCUGCUGCCGACCCUUGGGAUCCGGCGACGACCACCGCUAAGAACGCACACGCACUUUUAGUCAGCGGACUUUACGAGGACGCAGCUUUACGUACACCUAAAACUAGUUAAACGCCUAAAUUGUAAUUAAAUUAUUUUCCCCCAAAGUAGCCCUAA